ACUCCGCUGAAACUGUAGGUGGACUCUAACAUUGUAAAACCCUAGUCAAUUCAACCGGCGAAACCACGCCGGCGCCGAUGAUGAAGGUGGUUGCGCUAGUCAGUGGCGGUAAGGACAGCUGCUAUGCAAUGAUGAAAUGCCAGCAGUACGGCCACCAGAUUGUGGCGCUGGCGAAUGUGAUGCCAAUUGAUGAAGCUCAGGAUGAGCUCGAUAGUUACAUGUAUCAAACGGUGGGGCACCAAAUAGUUGUAAGCUACGCAGAAUGCAUGGGGAUUCCACUGUUUAGGAGACGGAUUCGAGGAACUACUAGCCAGAAUGCUCGAAUAGUGCUCGAUAAAUAUGAAGUCAUACUACAUUCAUCAGAUCAAAUAGCUCCUGUAGGUGUUCUACAUCCCCUAGAAUAUCACUUGGAGAAGAAGUUGGUUCCCUUGUCUGAAACUGAUAACGACAAAAUCAAUGAGGUACCUGUAGGGGAGUCCAACUUAGUGCAUGAAGUGGUGGGAGAUUUCCAGGAUAUCUUGGAAGCUGCAUCUCCAAAAAAUGUUAUGAUGUCCAACAUAGGAGUGGAAACAAAACAAGAAAUCCAUAUCUCAAAAUCCAAGAAGAAAAAUACUUUUUCCAUUACUUGCUGGCUGCAAGAUGCCUCCAAAACCUCAGUAGAUUUGCGAGAGGAUCUGCGGGUGGUUUUAACAAAAAUACAAUUGUUGCUUAGUGAAAACAAUUUAUGUUGGGAGAACGUUCUUUAUAUACAUCUAUAUAUAGCUGAUAUGAACGAGUUUGCACUAGCAAAUGAUGAAUAUGUGAAAUUCAUUACUCAAGAGAAGUGUCGUUUUGGUGUGCCAUCACGGUCAACUAUAGAACUUCCUCUUUUGCAAGCUGGUCUUGGGAGAGCUUAUGUUGAAGUCUUAGUUUCAGAUGAUAAUACUAAAAAUGUUUUGCAUGUUCAAAGUAUUUCAGAGUGGGCUCCGAGUUGUAUCGGUCCGUACAGCCAGGCAACCUUGCAUAAGGAUGUUCUGCAAAUGGCUGGCCAGUUGGGGCUUGACCCACCGACAAUGUUACUCUCUGUUGGAGGUCCCACAUUGGAGUUCCAACAAGCGCUGGAUAACAGUGAAGCUGUUGCAAAAUGUUUCAAUUGUUCAAUAUCUACGAAUGCUAUUUGCUUGGUUAUUUAUUGUUCAGCAUCUUUGAGUUCGUCAGACCGAGUUUCUGUUAAUAAUCAGAUGGAUGUUUGUCUUGCACAAAUGAAGUUGCGGUUGAACAAUGGAAGCAAGUCGAAUACCCCUGGACUGAGUGAUCCUGUUAUGUUGUACAUUCUUGUUCCCGAUUUGCCAAAGAGAGCUCUGGUGGAAGUGAAACCCCUUCUUUACAAUGGGGAGGAUAUGGAGAUCCCAACUCGUGUCACCAAACAAGAUUUAUGUGCGAAACAGGCUUAUUGGGGGUUUGAGCAUGAAAGUUGGCAUAAUGGAUGUCUUCAGAAAUGUAUUGUUGGUGGUAGAAUAUGUGCAGCUGUGAUAUCUAUCACGCAAGAGAUAGUGGCAAAGAUCUGUUACAAUGAAUCAGAAUGUAAAGCUAAUAUUCAAAAGCUCGCAAGGGCAGCUGAGUUCUGCAUUUAUCUGCUCGAUGAAGUUCUUCUUGAGAAUGAUCUCUCCUGGGAAGAUAUAUUGAAUUUGAGGAUCUAUUUCUCAACAAGUCCUGAAACGAGCCAUGGAGUGUUGUCAACGAUCUUUACCAACACAUUUGCUGAAUUUGCGGAGAUGAGCAAGAGAAUCGAUAAGGAUACAGAACCAUUCUUUACCCUAGUUCCAAUCCUGGGAGCUGGAGCUUCAGCAACGAGCAUGGACAACAUACUUACCUGCGAGUUAUUUGCCAGAAAGUUUUAGUGUUGCAAGUUAUUUCUGUACAUAUAUAAUUAUUGGGCGAAGCUGAUUGCUAGUCCAUUCACAUUAGAUAACACCACAGCUCACAAAAAAAUUUAUCUCGAAAGCUUGUUUUCUUAUUAAUCAUUUUGGAGCACAGCUCUCUCAUUUCAAA